AUGGAUUUUCAGCCAGUAGAAUUGACAGAUCUCGAAAGUGGUGGUAGUUUGCAGAUUCCGGAGACCAAAAACUUCCCACUUUUCCAAACGGUUGAUUGGAUAGAAGAAAGUCAGAAUGGAUCCUCCAGCUCAAUAAAAAGCGGUCCUGAGCUUUACUCCGAAACUAGAUGGGGCCAUUUGCGUCAUUGGAUAUGGCGACGUUUCCGUGAAAUUACCACACUCACCUGUAUUGCCCUUCUGCUAGGGUUUAUUGCAGGCUCUAUACAAGUGGUGACGGAGACUCUGGUAAAUUGGAAAUCGGGCCAUUGCAGCCGCAACUGGCUGCUCAACAAAUCUUUCUGCUGCGCAGGUCUCGAGAAAUCCCAGGACGUGAAGCGUCUCUUUGAUUCUCGCGAUGAGCUCAACUGUAUUAAAGACGGAAUAUGGAUAGAAAGAACCAAUCCAUUCUUGGAUUUCACCCUUUUCAUUUUACUCUCCUUGGUUUUCGCCGUUGCCAGCGGUCUCAUGGUGAAAUAUAUCGCCCCCAUGGCCACUGGGUCCGGUAUCUCUGAAAUUAAGGUUUGGGUCUCAGGGUUCAAAUACAAAGAUGAGUUUUUGAAUCUCAAAACUCUGGUAGUAAAAAGCAUGGCUCUACCUCUGGCAAUUUCCUCCGGACUUAGUGUAGGGAAAGAGGGCCCUUCUGUUCAUUACGCGACGUGCUGUGGUUUCGUUAUCACGAACAUGUUUUUCAAGCACAGCCUCAGCUUCUCGCACCAGUCAGAGUAUCUAAUAGCAGCUACAGCCGGUGGUGUGGCAGUGGCAUUUGGAGCCCCUAUAGGCGGCGUGCUUUUUGCUUUGGAAGAGAUGUCCACUACAUCUUAUUUCAACUUAUCUGUGCUUUGGAAGUCUUAUUAUGUUGCUCUAUGUGCGGUCGCUACUUUACAGUACAUGAAUCCUUUCAGAAAUGGUAAAAUUGUUCUCUUCGAAGUGACCUACGACAAUAUUUGGAAAUUUCAAGAGAUACCGGUGUUUAUUGCCCUGGGAGUUUUCGGUGGACUGUAUGGACUGUUGGUGAGCAACUGGAACGUUCGGUAUGUGAACUUCCGCAAAUAUUACCUUCAGAAGUACAGGAUUCAAGAAGUGGCUGUUCUGACUUUGAUUACUGCCUUGUUGUCAUAUUUCAACGAGUUUUUAAGACUGGACAUGACGGAAAGCAUGGGAAUAUUAUUUCACGAAUGCGUUGCGGACGACAGUGAUUCAAUGUGGACACAUAGAAUCUGUAAAUUGGAUUCCAACACCCAUGGAAGGGUCUUCAUACAAAUAUUUUUCUCACUGGUCAUUGCGACAGUGAUGCGGUCUUUGCUCAUAGUGAUUUCUUAUGGCUGUUCCGUCCCUGCUGGUAUUUUCGUUCCAUCGAUGGCGGUAGGGGCGAGUUUUGGCCGUGCGGUAAGUUUGAUUGUGGAGAGGUGGAUAACGGGUCCACAUACCAUCACACCUGGCACAUAUGCUUUCCUGGGUGCUGCUGCUACAUUGAGCGGUAUCACAAAUUUGACAUUGACUGUUGUCGUUAUUAUGAUAGAACUCACGGGUGCCUUUUCGUACAUUAUACCGUCGAUGAUUGUAGUGGCCGUUACGCACCUAGUUCUCGGGUCUAUUAGUGCGAAAGGAGGUAUUGCGGACCAGAUGAUUGUUGUGAACGGAUUUCCAAUACUUGAAAGUCUACAAGGAGAAGAAAGACACAUGGAAGGAUUCACUGCUCGCGACAUCAUGGCUAACCACAUCGCUUCUGUGCCAACUGAAAUUUCACUGGCCACUAUGGUUGACUUCUUGGAUAGAAACGACCAAUUUAAGCAAUACCCUGUGGUUGAGGAAGGGUCUGGUAUGCUCAUUGGUUAUCUAAAAAGAUCAACUCUGAGCCUUGAGAUAGCAGCAGCAGUGGAGAAUAAUGUCGAUAAUGCAGUCAAAAUUGUUUUCGAUGGCGAAGAUCGUCCCAACACUCAUUAUAAAGAGGAAACCAUUUACCUACAGCACCUUUUAAACCACUCUCCUGUUGUGGUUGCUGACCACUUCCCAGUGCAGCUGCUCCAUCACUACUUCCGAAAGCUGGGAUGUAAGUUUGUGGUUGUUGAGGCCAAGGGUCGUCCGCAGGGUUUGAUAACAAGAAAAGACCUUUUAAAAUUCGAGAGAUUCAAGCACAAAGAGGCUCACGGACCACUUUACUCCUUCGAUUCUGGAAUGGAGCACAAACUUUGGUCGACUAUUCGAGCUGUAUUUAAGCUGCCGGAAGAUCAAUAA